AUGGGAUAAUGGGAUAUGAGGCGGAGAUGGGGGGAGGGGAAGGGGGCCACAGCCCGGCUGGUUCACCCUGCGGCAGCGAGUAGCGCCCCGGCAGACGACGCCCAGCCUGACAACACAGCGGACGGUCCUAGCUGCACGUACUCCACAAUGGCCAACCAGAGGAAAUUCUUUGUCGGAGGCAACUGGAAGAUGAAUGGGGAUAAGGCUGCCAUUGACGGCAUUAUUUCCUUCAUGAAGGGUCCGCUGAACGCUGACACAGAGGUUGUUGUGGGCUGUCCUCAGUGUUACCUUAUGUAUACCAGGGAACACAUGCCAGCAAAUAUUGGCAUUGCUGCACAGAACUGUUACAAGACAGCCAAAGGUGCAUUCACUGGAGAAAUAUCUCCUGCCAUGAUCAAGGAUUGUGGCUGUGAGUGGGUUAUUCUUGGACAUUCGGAGCGCAGGAAUGUCUUUGGGGAACCAGACCAGCUGAUCAGUGAUAAGGUUGGCCAUGCCCUGGAAGCUGGACUGAAGGUCAUUCCAUGCAUUGGUGAGAAGCUUGAGGAGCGUGAGAGCAACCGCACUGAAGAAGUAGUCUUUGCCCAGAUGAAGGCUUUGGUGCCCAACAUAUCUGACUGGUCAAGGGUUGUUAUUGCUUAUGAGCCAGUAUGGGCCAUUGGUACAGGAAAGACUGCAACACCCGAACAGGCCCAAGAUGUCCAUGCCAAGCUUCGCCAGUGGCUGCGGGACAAUGUCAGCCCCCAGGUGGCUGAGUCCACCCGCAUCAUUUACGGAGGGUCUGUUUCUGCCGGCAACUGCAAGGAGCUGGCCAAAACUGGAGACAUUGAUGGUUUCCUUGUGGGAGGUGCUUCCCUCAAGCCUGACUUUGUUACAAUCAUUAAUGCCCGUGCUUAAGUCAUACAGUACAGUAUGUACUAUAGAAUCUUGUCAUGUCUAUUAGAUACUGCCACAUGAACUUGUCCUGUUACAUGUCUGUAGUACUAUCAAGUUUUGUGACUAUAUGACAUGUGAAAUGUAGAAAUAAGGUUUUCAGACAUGAAUAUUCAUCACUUAUGAAAAGUUGCUGUAUAAUUGCAUUUUUCAUAAGGUUAUAUUAUUAAUUACAGCAAAUUUUCAGACUUCAUAUAAUUCAGAAAAAAUAUCUAGCUCUGAAUCAAAAUUGUUGAAACUUGCAGUGUCUAUCAUGCUUAAAUGAGGGAGGUCCUGCAUGUGAUAAAAAGUCAUGACUAUGGUAUGUAAUGGAUGAAUGAUUGAUUAAUUAAUUAAUUACUUAGGUGAAUAUGUUAAAAAUAAAGUUAUUUGCUUAUGUAAGAUACUUAAGUCUUCAACCUUGAAAAUAUAGUGAAACUUGAUUUUUUUUAUUUUGAUGAAUGAAUGAGUGGUAUGAUAAAUAAUUUAUAUUAAAUUAUAAAAGACAUUGGUGUUAGUCAGUUACAAUAUUGGCUUUAUGGUUUAUUUGACAUUAUAUACCUUGUAGACCAUUACACAAUGAAGUAGAAAAUAAAUAAGUUUCAGA